AUGUCGGACCAGGACGCUCGUCUUCAGACGACGACCAUUACGUCGCCGCCAGAGUAUUAUGACCAGGUUCUUGCUCUGAGUUCCAAGCUCCUCAACGAGAGCUGGGAGCAGCUGUGGCGCGAUAAUCCCAAGUUAGAGGAUAUCAUUAUAGAUGAUGGUGCCAAUGGCACCUUGAAAGGAAAACUGAACCCCUGUCAGUUUUUCGUCACCGGCAAUAUCGAGAACGGAGUCCAUGCUCUGUAUAAAGUUAGAUUCAAGUCCGGGAUUUUGACGACCUCGGGAAAGCAUGGGCAAGCAGUCGAUGUGACAGGGUGGGAGAUCGCCAUCGAGGUGGAGCUUGAUAAUCAGACAGACGAUGACAUGACCGAUGAUCAGAUGAAAUCCAUCACCAAAUACUAUAAUUUCCCUGCGAAAGGAGAUGCUGGUAGUGCAGGAGACUAUUCCAUCACUCGCGUCUUUGUGGACUUGAUAAAUGCGAAUAUGAAUAUGGUCAACGAGAAACAGUCGACCUUCCGGGACCCCAAGACAGGCCAGCCGUGUACAUGGAGGGAGUUACCGAAUGACAUUAAACGAGCAGUCAAGGGCUUCCUUGAUGACUGGACCCUUGACCAGGACGCCAAAGGAUAUAACACGCUGGGGGUUACCCUGACCAGUCCCACGUACGAGGAAGAGAAUCCAUUGAAGCCAAGCUAUCAACCCGUGAGUGUCUUUCAUCAGGCGGCCAAGUAUGCCAACCCGAGCGCCUCCGAUGCGGAUAAGUAUAACUGUCUGCUGCUCUGCGAGCUGCUCGCGGGACAUGAUGACCUGAAAUGGAAGUAUAUCACCCAGGAAAAGGCUAGUUGGUGCUACCCGGGUAUCGAUGCUACCUAUGCUAUUAGCGCCCAUGUCAUAUUGGAGCGGUUCCUUGGACUACACUUGCAGCCUUUGAUCAGAGCCAGCGAGGUUGUCCCAACAGAGACCGACGUGUGGACCUGGUCGUAUAGCCAUGCGGCAUCCGCGGAACCCAUCACUGGUGGAGAGGCCAGGUGGACGUUCAGCAUUGGUUAUAACAGUGCUCAUACCGAAGCUGCUGACGACUAUUUUAAACUGAAUCCGGUGCCUAAUACGCCAAAUUACACCUGGUCCAAGACCAACAAGGGUGAAACUGGAGUACACUGGCAUGAAAAAGCGCCACACAACCAAGGCCCGGGCUAUGCAUCGUUGAUUCAAACAGGCACCACCGACAUCAACGUCAAUCCAGCCGUCGGUUCCCACACGGUCUCAGUGUCCGCAAGCAUCACGUAUGGCUAUGAGUACCGAUACUCUUAUGACACGUCCGACCUGGCCAGUAUGGACGUCAUUGCAUCGGCUUCAUAUAGUGGGAAAUGGAUGCUCUCUCUAUCCCUCUCCACGGACCAGAGCGGCCAGCUCUGUUUUUCUCUCGUGGGCAGCCCUUCCGACGUUGACCCACAUGUAAAACUCGAUCGCCAGGUGGGGUACUUGUGGAAUGAUGCCAGUUGGGACACAGAUAUCAAGACGCUCCUCAAAACUCAGCUCCACGAUUCCUUAACCACGGCGGAGCAGAACUUGGCCAAUGUCUUCCAGACAACAGGCAAGUUCGUCUACCCUUGCAACGGGGAACUCUCCUUCAAAAACCCCAUGUUCAACAACUACGGAGAUCUCCUGGCAGAAGUCGCGUACAAAGCGGCCCCCAAGGUCAAUGUUCUGAGUCCCCAGGACGGGCCCAAGCUAAAACCCUAUGCGGCGUCCGUCGACAAGUCGCUUGGAAGCGACCAGGGAAAGAAAGCGCCCAAAACGUGA